UUUUUCUCUUUCCUUUUUUGGACUUUAAUGAAUUCACUUAACCCACUCGAUUGUUAUUUUCUGCGUAAUUAGUUAUAUGGAGCUAAAUUCUAAAUUCUAAAUUCUAAUACGAGUUUGAGAAUUCCAAGUUGAGAGAGAGCUUGCUUGAGGAGGAGGAGAGCAGAGAGGAUCGAGGAAGAAUGAAGCAUGUUGUGUGGUGGUGGCUGUGGUUGGUGGUGGUGACGGUGGCAUUGGCGGCAGCGGAUGCAAACGGAUCCCAGAAAUAUGAGAAACAGCCAUCUUCGUUAGAGUUUCAGUUUGCCGACAAGGAGGAUGCGGCGGCAGCAGCGGCGGCGCCUGAGCUCAUGGUUGGCCUCACUCUUAUCGACUCUGCGGCUUCCAAAGGAGCUGUCUGUUUGGAUGGCACAUUGCCUGGUUACCAUCUUCAUGGUGGGUAUGGAUCGGGUGCAAAUAGCUGGCUGAUUCAGUUGGAGGGAGGUGGGUGGUGUAAUACAAUCAAAAAUUGUGUUUUCCGUAAAACCACUCGCCGCGGUUCUUCCAAGUAUAUGGAAAAGCAGUUACCGUUCACUGGAUUAUUGAGCAAUAAACCUCAACAAAACCCUGAUUUCUUCAACUGGAACAGAGUCAAGCUCCGUUAUUGCGACGGGGCAUCUUUCAGUGGAGACAGUCAGAAUGAGGCUGCACAACUUCAAUUUCGAGGGCAAAGGAUAUGGUUGGCUGCCAUGGACGAGUUAAUGUCAAAAGGAAUGCAGAAAGCUGACAAGGCUUUUCUUUCUGGAUGCUCUGCUGGGGGUCUGGCAUCCAUACUACACUGUGAUGAGUUCCGGGACAUGUUUCCAGAAACUACCACGGUGAAAUGUCUAAGUGAUGCUGGAAUGUUCCUUGAUGCAACUGAUGUAUCUGGUGGGCACACAUUAAGGAAUUUUUAUGCAGGUGUAGUUAGCUUGCAGGAAGUGCAAAAAAAUCUGCCAAAGACUUGUCUCGAUCAUCUAGACCCAACUUCGUGCUUUUUUCCUCAGAAUUUGGUUGCAAAUGUUAAGACCCCCAUGUUUCUUCUCAAUGCAGCCUAUGAUGCAUGGCAGGUGCAAGCUAGUUUAGCCCCUCGAUCUGCUGAUCCUCAUGGAGUAUGGAACGAAUGCAAAGGAAAUUAUGCACUUUGUAACUCAUCCCAGAUCCAGUUUCUCCAAGACUUCAGAAAUCAAAUGCUCAAUGCUGUUAGUGAUUUCUCAAAGUCUAAUAAAAACGGAUUAUUCAUAAAUUCCUGCUUCGCUCACUGCCAGUCUGAGAGACAAGAUACAUGGUUUGCUGAUGAUUCUCCUCUUCUUGGAAACAGGGCAAUUGCUGUGUCUGUUGGAGACUGGUAUUAUGAUAGAGUGCCGGUUAAAGCUAUUGACUGCGCAUACCCCUGCGAUAACACCUGCCACAAUCUUAUGUCCAACGAGGAUUUAUCUUCGUCCGUGACAUAUUCUCAGUCCACAAGGUUGUCUUUUACCGUGCUAAAUCUGCUAAGUGUCUUGACGGUGCCCAUAAUUUGCUCCAGAUGCUUCAUGUGGUUACAGUAUGCCCAGUGAUAAUAGGUGGUAUCUCUGUCUCUGUGUGUGCAGAGACUGCAAAAAGCUAGGGCUAAAAACUUUACCUCGAUUUUAUCUCAUGCACCCAGAGUUUCACCCAAAUAAGUAUGACGUUGUUUCUUCGUCUGUCUCUGUUUUAGUUUAGUCAUUCUUGUUUAAGAGCUUUCGAGCAGUUUUGGUAGUACAACAUUUUUGGACAAUAAUAGGACUACGCAGAGAGGAGAAAUUUUUUGGAUA